AUGCAUUUUAUUCGUGAAGUUUUAAUUCUAUUUUUGUUCCUCAAAUUUAGUUUGUGUUUUACGAUUGAAAACAAGUUGACGUACUUGAAAUCUCUUCCUGGAAAUGAAGAUCGACCAUCGAGGAUUGUUUAUGGCGGUUUAGCGUCACCGAAUCAAUUUCCAUAUUUUGGACAUUACGUGAUUCAAAGACCUUCAGGUUGGAUAUUUUGUGGCAGGAGUAACUAA